AUGGCGAGGGGGAGAGAGGGGGGGGGGGGGGGCGGAGCGGGGGGGGGGGGGGGGUGUGGUGGGGCAGGGUGGGGGGGGGGUGAGGAGGGGGUAGGGGGGAGGGGGCUCGGGUGGGGGCAGGGGGGGGGGGGGGGGGGGGGGGGCGGCGCGGGGGGGGCGGGAACGAGGGGGGGGGGGGGGAGCGGGAGAGGUGGGGGGGGGAGGGACAGGGGGGGUGGGGUGACGGGAGGGAGGGGGCUGGGCGGGGGGAGGGUGGCGGUGGGGGGGGCUGGAGGGAGGCGGGGGGGGAGGGGCGGGGGGGGGGUCGCGGCCGUCGAGGCGGGUCGGUGGGCGUGGGGGGGAGGGAGACGUGGGGAAGGGGGGGGUGGGUUGCGGGGGGAGCGGGGCAGGGCGGCGGGGCGGGGCGGGGGGACGGGGGAGGAACGCGGGGGGGGGGGAGCCGGGGGGGGGAGCGGGCGGGGGACGCGGGAGGGCGGGGCGGCGGGGGGGGGCGGGGGGCGGGGCGGGGGGGGCGCAGCGGGGGGCCGGGCGGCGGGUGAGCGGGGGGGGGGGCGGGCAGGGAGUGGGGGGGAGGCGCGGCGGUCUACCGGCGCGGCGCGGGGGGGGGGCGGGAAGCGGAAGGAGGGGGGAGGGCGGGGUCGGAGGGGGGGAAGGGGCCGUGGGGGGCGGGAGGGGGGGGGGGGUGCAUGGGGGGGGGGGGCACGGGAGGGGGGCGGCGAGGGGGGGGGGGGAGAGGGGGGGGGGGUCGGGGGGGGUGGGGGGGGGCGGGGGGGGUGGGUGGGCGAGGGGGAAAGGGGAGCGGGGCGGGGGCGGGGGGGGCGGGGGACCGUGGGCGGGGGGGUGGCGGGGGGGGGUGGGGGGGGGGAUUGGCGGGCGCGGGGGGGGGGGGCGGACGGGGUGAGGGGAGGGGAGGGGGGGGGUGGGGGGGCGGAACGGGCGGGGGAGCCGGGCGCGGGGGGGCGGGGCAGGGGGACGGUCGGGGGGGGCGGGGCGGGGGAGGGGGCGGGGCGCGAGGGGGGUGGGGGGCGGCGGGGGCGGGGGGCGUGGGGGCGGGCGGGUGAGGCGUGGGGGAGGGGGGGGGGGGAGGGGGGGCGGGGGGCGGGGGGUGGGGGGGUGUCGGGAGCGGAGGGGGGCGGGAUCGCGGCAAGGGCGGGGAAGGGGGGGCCGCGCGGGGCGGGGGCGGGGGAGGGGGGGCGGAAAGGGGGAUGGCAAGGGGGGGGGAAGUGGGGGGGGGGGAAGGUGGGAGCUGGCGAGGGGGGCGCGGCCGGAGGGGGGGGGAAGGGGGCUGGGGCGGGGAGGGGCGCGGGGGGGGGGGUGCGGGGGUGGCGGGGGGGGAGGGGGGGGGGGGGCAAGCCGGGGGGGGGGGGGGGGGGGGGGGUGGGGGGGGCGGUUAGGGGACGGGGGGGGGUGAGGGCGGCGGGGCGUGGGGGGGGCGGGGGGGAGGGGGGGGGGCGUGGGGAGCUGCGCGGGGCGGAGGAGGGCGGGGGGGCGGCGGACGGAGGUGGCCCGGGGGAGCGGGGGGGGGUGGGAGCCGGGGGGGGGGGAGGUGGGGAUGGGAUGAGGGGGGGCUUGGCGGCGGGGAUAGGGGGGCUGGCUGGGGGGGAAGGGGGAGGGGACCAGGGGGGGGGAGGGGGGGGGGGGGGGCGGAGGGGGGUGGGGGGGGGGGCGGGGAGGGGGCGAGGGGGGGGGGGGGGGGGGAGGGGGGGGGGGGGCGCGGUGGGGGGGGGGGGUGGGGAGGUGCAGGGUGGCUGGGAGGGGGGGAUUCGCCCGGUGGGUGAAGGGGGGGGGGGUAGGGGGGAGGGGGGGAGGGAGGCGGUGCAAUGGGCGAGGAGGGCGGAGGGAGGGGGGGGGGGGGCGGGGGGGGGGGGCGGGGGCGUGGCGGGGGCUCUGGCGGGUGCGGUCGCGGCGGGGGGCAGGGGGAGGGGAGAGUGGGGGGGGGGGCUCGGGGUGGGAGACGGGGGGAGGGGGUGGCGGGACAGAAGGGGGAGGGGGGGGGGGGGGGGGGCAGGGGGGCGGGAGCGGGGAGCGCGGGGGCUAGCGGGGGAGGGCGGGGAGAGGCGCGGGGGGCGGGGGGGGGGUAGGAGAGCGACCGGGGGGGUCCGGGGGGUGGCGCUGGGGGGGGGGCGGGUGACGGGGGAUCAGGGUGCCGAGGGGGGGGGGGGGGGCGGGGGGGGGGGGGCGCGUGGGGGCCGUGGUGGCGGGGGGAGGGGGGGCGGGUGGUCGGGGGUGACGGUGGGGGGGGUGGGGUGGGGGGGGGGAACAAUGGGGGGUCACGGGGGGAGAGGGGGGGCAGGGCGAGGGGGGGGGAGGGGGCAGGGGGGGGGGGGGGUCGGGGGGGGCGACGGCGGGGGGGGGGGGGCGGGCGAGGGGUGGAGUGGAGCGGUGGAGGGGGGGGGGCGAGUCGGGACGGGGGGGGGGCGGGGGGGGGUCGGGGCCGGGGCGGGGGGGGGAGGGAAGGGGGAGGGGGAAGGGCGGUGUACGGGGGGCGGGGAGGAGGGGGGGAGAGGGGGAGGGGGGCGGGGGGAGAGCGGCGGGCGGGGGGGAGGAGGGGGCGGGGAGGGCGGGCCGGGAGGAGGGGGGGGGAGGGCGGGAGGGGGUUGGGGGGGGGGCAGGGCGGGGGAGGGGGGGGGGGGGGGGGGCGGGGGGGCGGAAGGGGGAGUGGGAGUGGGGCGGGGGGGGGGGGCCGAGGGGAGGGAUGGGGCCCGGCGGAGACCGGGAGGGGCGGAGGCGGGGGGGCGGAGGAGGCGGGGUAGAGAGGGGGUGGAAGCGGAUACCGGUGGGGUGGGGGGGGGGCUGGGGGGGGGGCGGGGGGAGGGAGAUAAGGAGGUCGGGGGUGAGGGGGCGAGGGGCGCAACGGGGGGCGGGGGGUGUGUGGGGGUGUGGGGUCGGAGGGGGGGGGCGGGGGGAGGGGAGGCGGAGAGGGCUGGUGGGGGGUGGGAAAGGGGGGUGAGUGUGGGGGGCGAGGGGGUGGGGGGGAGGGGCGCGUGGGCGGGGGGGUGGGGGGCGGGCGGGGGGGGGGUGGCGCGUGUGGGAGGUGGGGGGGGGGGGAGGGACGAGGGCGGGAGGGGGAGGGGGGAGGGGGCGGGGGACGGCGGUGGGGGGUGGCUGGGGCGGCGGGGGCGGGUCGGUGGGGGGGAGGGUGGCGGGGUGUCGGGCCGGGGGCGUGGGGGGGGGGGGGGGGGGGGGGCGGGGGGCGGCAGGGGGUCGGGGGGGGGGGGGGGGGGCCGGAGUGGGACGCGACGGACGGGCGGGGAAGCGGGGGGGCGGGGGGUAGGGCGGAGGGGGGCGGUGGGGAGGGCGGGGGGGUGGAGGGGUGGGCCGGAGAGGCGCGGGGGAGUAGGGGGGGGGGGGCGGGAGGGCCGGGGUGGAGACGUGGCGGUGGGUGGGGAGGGGGGGGAGGGGGGCGGGGGCGAGGGGGGUGGCGGGGGGCGGGGGGGGGGGGGGGAGCGGCCGGGGGGGGGGUGGGGGGCGGGCGGGGGCCGGAAUGGGGGGCCGGGCGGGGCAGGAGGGUGGGGCGGGAGCGGGAGGCGGGGGAGGGUCUGGCGCGGGCAGGGGGCGGGCGGGGGGCGAGGCGGGGGGAGGGGGGGUGGGUCCGCUAGAACAGAGGGGCGGGAGGCGGGGGGUAGUGCGGGCGCGGGGAGGGGGGGGGCGCGGGGGCUGGGGGGCGGAGGGGCGAGGGAGGGGUGGGGGUGGGGUAGAGCGGGGGACGGCGGGGGCCGGCGGGGGGAGGGUGGGGGGGGAGGGCCGGGGGGGGGGGGGUGGGGGGCAGGGGGGGGGGGGGGGGAAGGGGUGAGGGGGCGCGGGGGGGUGGGAGGGUAUGGGGGGGAGGGGCGGCGAGGGGGGACGAGAAAGCGAGGGAGGGGGGGGAGGGGGAGGGGUGGGCGGGGGGGGGGGGCGGGGCGGGGGGGUGGGGGGCGGGGCGGGCGGGGCGGGGGUGGGGGGGCUGUGGGGGGGGGGGUGGAGGGGAGGGGAGGAACCGGGGGGGGAGGGACUGGGGGGGGUGGGGGGGCGGAGCGGGGGGGGGGGGGGGUGAGGAGGGAGGGGGGGGGCGGAGGGGGGCAGCGUGGAAGGCACCACGGGGGGGGGGAGGGGGGAGGAGGGCGGAGGCGGCGGGGGAGGGGAGGGGGGGGGGGGGGGGCGGGCGGGGGCGGGGGGGGGGGGUGGUGGGACCGUGUGGGGGGGGGCGUGGGGGGGGCGCCAACGGGGGGGAUGGGGAGGCCGAGGGGGUGGGGGGUGGACGGGCCGGGGGGGCGGGGGGAGGCGCAGGGGACGGGUGGGGGGGCGGGGGGGGUGGGGGCUGGGUGGGGAGCGCGGGGUAAGGCACCGCGGGGGGGCGGGGGAGCGGGGGGGGGAGGAGGGGGGUUGGGGGAGAGUGUGGCGGGGGGUGGGGGGGGGCGGGGGGGGGGUGGGGCCGGGGUGGGGGGCCGGGGGGGCGAGGGGAGGGGGGGGGGAGGGGGGGAGCGAGGGGGGGGACGGGCCGGUGGUGGGGGGGGGGGGCGGGAGGGGAGGGGGGGGGGGGGGGGGGGGGGGGGCGUCCGGGUGGGGGGUGGGGGGGGGAGGGGGGGUGGGGGGGGCGCGGGGGGGGCGAGUGGACGGGGUGAAGGGGGGGGGGGGGGUGGGGGGGGGCGGGGACGGACGGGGGGGCGGAGGGGGGGGGGGGGCGGCGAUGGGGGGGCGGGGGGCAGGGGGAAGAGGGGGGGAGGUGGAGGGGGGGGGAGGGGAGGGGCGGGGAUGAGGAAGGGCGGGGGGGGGGGGGGAGGGGGAGGGGGUGGGAGGGGGGGUGCGGAACCCAGGGUAGGGGGGCGGGGGGCCUGCGCCGGGAGAGACGGGGCGCGGACGGAAGUCUGGCGGGGGGAGGGGGUGGGGGGGGGGAGGGGAGGAGGGGGGGGGGGGCCUAGGGAGGGGGGCGGGGGCGGGGGCGGGCGGGGGGGGGGGGGGCUGGGAACGGGGGGGGGGGGGGGGAGGGGGGAGGGCGGCGGCGGCGGGGGGGCGGUGGAGCGGGAGGGGGGGGCGGGGGGGGGGGGGCGGGGCUGGGGGGACGCUCGGGGUGCCGGGGGGGGGGGGGGGCUGGGGGGGGGGGGCGUGGGGCCGGGGAAAGGGGGGGCGAGAGGGGGGGAGGGAGGGGGGCGGGCGGAGGGGGGGAAGCUGGCUUCGGGGCGAGGCGGGGUCGCGGGCGAGGCGGGCCCACGGAGGGGAGCGAGGGCUCGGGGGGUAGCGGGGGGCAGGGCGGUGAGGGGGGGGCGCGGGGGGGGGGGGCAGGCGGGGGGAGGGGGGGCGGGGGGCGGGAGCGGCUCGAGGCGGGGGGGAGAGGGGGGGGGAAGAGAGGGGAGCGAGAGGGGGGGGGAGGAGGGGGACGAGGGGGGGGGGACUGCGGCGGGGGGGGGGCGGCGUCGGUGCGGGGUGGAGGGGGUGGGGCCGGGGGGCCGGGGGGUGGGGGGGCGCGGGCGGGGUGGGGGGGGGGGGCGGGGGCGGGCGGAGGAGGCGGGGCGGGCGGAGGGGGGGGCGCGGCAGGUGGGGGGCCACCAGGGGGGGGGGAGGGGCCGGCCGCCGGAGGGGGGUGGGGGCGGGGAACGGGUGGGGGAGGGGCGGGAGGCGGGGAUAGGCCGGAUUGCGGGGCGUGGGGGGCGGGGGGGGGGGUGGGGGGGUGUGCGGAGGGGGGCAGGGGGAGGAGGGGGUGGGCCGGGGGGGGGGGUCGCGGGGGGGGGGACCGUGGGGCUCGGGGGUCCGGGGGGAGGCACGGGCGGGGGGGGAGAGGGGGCGGGCGGGAGCGGCGGGAGAGGGGGAGGGGGAGUGGGGGCGGCGGGUGACCGCGUGUACGGGGGGACGGGAGGGGGGCGCGGCGGGGGGGCGGUGGGGCGGGCGGGGGGGGCGGGCGGGCGGACCGGGAGGGCCACGGGGGGUCGGGUGGGGCGGGGGAGCGGGGGGGUCGCCGGCGCGGGAGGGGGGAAGGGGGGGGGGGGGGCGGGGGGGGGGCGGGGGGGGGCGGGGGGGGGGGGGUAG